UUGAAUCUAUGAAUUAAAUGUAAUCUAUCCGACAUCUAAUUUAUUUGAUGCCUGCAUUUUAAAUCAAGUUGCACGUUUCCAUAAUUAUUCCAUAAACCAGAUGAAGCUUAUUCCAAAUUUGACGCAAAGUAAUAAACUACCAACACUCGACGAGAUGUGACAUAACAAUGGCUGACAUAAUCUUUAGCUCAGUAAACGAUGUAUUCAUUCGUUUAUACGUAAGAUCGUUUAUUUAAUUUCAACCAAACAUAUUUUACUAAGUUCUUAGAAGCGAAAAAAGCAGCUAAACGAGAUUAUUCAAUUUAUUCUGGCCACAUUCGGAUUACUAAUAGUCCACAUUCGGAUUACGAUUAGUCCACGUGCACCCUCAGUUGCCGCGCUUUGGCAGUCAUGGCAAGCGCGUGCUCUACCGGCACGGGUCUGCAUGGCCACAACAUUAACGGCACCGGAGUCACGUCUUCACCGACUUGCAACCAGAGCAUGAUAAAACUCCCUCCGUACACUCAAGAAGCCACAGCAGCCUUUGCAACAGCCAUCACGUUGAUGAUUCUUUUUACAAUUGUUGGCAAUAUUCUGGUCAUCAUCGCUGUUUUAACCAGCCGCUCGCUUAGAGGACCCCAGAACCUCUUUUUGGUCUCCCUUGCAGCCGCGGACAUUUUGGUGGCCACCCUCAUCAUCCCAUUUUCACUGGCCAAUGAACUGAUGGGCUACUGGUAUUUCCGCUCUGUAUGGUGUGAGAUUUACCUGGCGCUGGAUGUGUUGUUCUGCACUUCCUCUAUAGUACACCUGUGCGCCAUCAGUCUAGACCGCUACAUGUCUAUCUCACGCGCCGUCACGUACGGUGCACAGCGGACGCCCAAACGCAUCAAAUGUGCCAUUUUGGUGGUGUGGCUGAUCUCAGCAGUCAUCUCCUUCCCACCGCUACUCUCCAUGAACAAGAACAAAGGUGGCGCCGAUUCAGGUGGGCUGCCACAGUGUCAGCUCAACGAUGAGCGCUGGUACAUCCUGUACUCUACUAUCGGUUCCUUCUUUGCUCCUUGUCUGAUUAUGAUCUUAGUUUACAUGCGGAUCUACCAGAUCGCCAAGCAGCGCACGAGAUGUCCACCAGGGGAGCCCCGCAAAGAGGUCCCAGCCAAUGCCGCAACCCCUCAGCACAAGGUCCACACGGAGGGUCUACAAAACGGAAGAGGAGAUGAAACGCCCUCUACCUUGCAGAAAAAACCCAGGCCUCCGACACUGGCCGUGUCCCAAGUGGAGUCCGCCCAGCAAGCGGCGAGCCCCCCAAUCUCCAACAAACAUCUGCAACCCCUUUCGACAACCCUGACGCCGACCACGCCGUGCCCGUCCCCGUCUCCUUCGAAUUCAUCCGAAAUGGCUCCUAAUAAACCUAAUAAAGAGGGGAAAAAGGCGAAGAAGACCAUGAAACAGCCCGACAAUAAUAACGGAGAGAGCAUGAGCUCUGACUCAGACACCGAGCAAGGUGGGAGGGGGUUAGAGGUCCCUUGCACCCCAGGCGUGACACCCAGUGGCAUCCAUUCUCCCGCCUCCAUCCAGAAAUACAGAGACACGAUUGCCACCGCCAAAGGUGCCAAGCUAGUGACCCGGAAGAUGAAGCAGGAAGGAACGCCCAACUCCGCACGGCGCAAAGCAAUGGUGAACCGAGAGAAGCGCUUCACCUUUGUGCUGGCGGUGGUAAUUGGCGUCUUUGUCAUCUGCUGGUUCCCUUUCUUCUUCUCGUACAGCCUACAAGCUGUGUGCCCGGAGACGUGCACCCUGCCAGAGCCGCUCUUUAAGUUCUUCUUCUGGAUCGGCUACUGCAACAGCUGCCUCAACCCGGUCAUCUACACCAUCUUCAACAAAGACUUCCGCAGAGCCUUCAAAAAGAUUCUCUGCAAGAACACCAAAGGCACAUUCUUCUGAAGCUCCUGAGGUGGAUCAUCUCCUCAGACAACAAAUAUGCGGUUAUUCAGAACACAGACUAAAAAAAGCACAAUAACGGUGCUGUUGCGAUGUAAACGAAGGGCUUUUUGUGCUGCCCGGUGAGCUGAGGACACCAUGCUACUCAAAUGACUCCAGGUUACCGCCUCAGGCAUUGGAUUCCUGGUAUUUGUGUUAUAAAAUGGGGCUAAUCCAAAAAUAUUCACAGACUUUGACAAAUCAAGGCUGAACACAAAAGAACUUACUAGGACUAUCGCACACCUGCAAGGACAAGCGACAUGGAGGUCAGUUACAAAGGUUAUUGUAUUUUUUUUUUUCUGUUAUCUCGCCUUUCUAAGAGCACCAGGCCUUGGAGAUACAGCAAACAUGGAUUUCUCUAAGGAUUUCAGAGGUACACCAUUCAGAAUCUUUACGUACAGCUUUUCCAUGCUGAUUGGUCUACCAAUGCCUACGCAGCAUUACUUUUGAGGAACAAAGACAUGAAAUACUCCUGUGGAAAUCCUAACCAGGGGCAAUGUGCAUGAAACGAGCUGACGCAAGUUUCUCCGAUCGAACAUUAAGGCUUCUAGUUAGGACCACUGGGGAGAUUUUCUGCCAUGCUGUGAUGCAGAAAGCCUCUGUGAAUACAGAACACCUGUCAUGGAUGGAAGCCUUUCUGUCUCUUUGCAUCUUGGACUGGUUGCCAGCAGGCUUUUAGAUAACAAAAUGUUUAU